AUGAAACGCUGCCGCGAGCGGACCUGGUGGCCCUGCGACGUGUGCGGCAAGAGGUUUGACCGGCCCUCACUGCUGAAACGCCACACGCGCACGCACACUGGUGAGUCGGAUGAAAGCCGUGGCCUUAACUGACCAAUCAGUUUAUUCUCUUCUAUGUGGCAACAUUGUUUUUGGUGUGUUUUUUUUUGGGGGGGGGGGGGGGGUUUAAAAAAAAAAAUUAUUUUUUUUUUUUUAUUUUUUUUUUUUUAUUCUCUUCUAUGUGGCAACAUUGUUUUUGGUGUGUUUUUUUUUGGGGGGGGGGGGCUUUAAAAAAAAAAGUUAAUUUUUGUUUUAUAAUUUUUUUUUUUACUAAAGUGAUAAUACAUAUUCAAGGACAGGAUCCAGAUGCGUCUUAGACUCUGAAGCAAAUUUCGGAUGACUUGUAACGUCCUAUAAACAUUUUUUCUUGUUAUUUUAAAGGGUUUAAGAAACAUAUCUGUUAAAAUUCAGAGGAGAUUAACUAGCCGAAACUUCUUAAAUGUAUGCUGAAAUGCUGCCGAAUAUGUUGUGUUUAAAAGAAAAUACAACAGCUUUCCUUUGGCAAAAUGUACUUAAUGCGUGGCCCUUCUGGCUACUCACAUAAUAAACAAAUGUAACGUAUACACAUUAUGUGUUCUUCAUGUAUUGGCAUAGAUUUUUUUAUGUGCAUUUUCAACCGUUUCAACCAGGUGAGAAGCCCCAUGCCUGUGACGUGUGCGGCAAAGCCUUCUCCACGUCGUCAUCCCUGAACACCCACAGGCGGAUCCACUCGGGGGAGAAGCCCCACCAGUGCAAGAUCUGCGGGAAGCGUUUCACGGCCAGCUCCAACCUCUACUACCACAGGAUGACGCACAACAAGGUGAGACAACCCUUGCUGUUGUUGCGGUUCAGCUUACUGUUUGUGAUUUUUGCAUUUGCGGCCCAAUUUUUUUAAGGACAUCGUCUUCGCAUGGUGUGUGGACCAUGUGUUGGAAAAGCCUAAUGAUGGUCCAUAUACUAUAGAGAGAUAAAGAAAGCGAAUUAAAGAAAUACAGAGAAAGAAAGAGAGAGAAAGAGAGAGAGAGAGAGAGAGACAGAGAGAGAAAACGAACACUUUUUCAAAACUAUGAAAUUUCUAAAUGAUGGAACAAUCCAUGUAUCGGGUUUAAAUCCACGAUUUCGAAAAGGAUGUUCAAGAAGUGUUCAUCUUCCAUCGCCCUGCUGCACCUAAUAAAUGCAGAUUGGAAAAUGGAUACACGCCAGUAUGCGCUAAUUAUAGAUUUGGUAUCGUGGGAAGAUAUAAAAGUUCAAGACAUUCGAUUUGAUCGUGUAUUUAAGAAGAUUGAACUCCAUCAUUUUAUUUGUUCUUGAUUUUUUUUAAAUUGUUAAAUUAAACCCUUUGGGGCUGGGGUGUAAAGGGCAAUGAGUGGUUAGAGUGGGGGUGUGGGUGUGGCGGGUGGUACGUGACGGACGUGCAACUACAAGAACAGCUCACAUAUUUGUCUGUUGUGUUGGAUUCACUUUUUUUGUAUCAUAUCGUAAUGCAAUACAAUCCUGCUCAUUUUUCCCCUCUCAGGAGAAGCCCCACAAAUGUGACCUCUGCUCCAAGUCCUUCCCCACCCCGGGUGACCUGCGGUCCCACAUGUACAUCCACAACGGGUCGUGGCCGUACCGCUGUGAGGUGUGUGGCAGGGGCUUCAGCAAGCAGACGAACCUCAAGAACCACAUGCUGUUGCAUUCAGGUGACUGGUUUCUUUCAUGCACCUGAACGUCUCAUGUAUUGUCAUCUCUAUUGGCUUCUUAAACAUGGCGUAAUAAGUUUUAGUGUGGUUAAAAAUUGGGUGAUCUCCCUUUGUCACCACAGUACAUGAUAUAUUUAUUACUCAACGAUGUAUAUCUGAAUAUCGUUUAUUUAGAUGGUAUUUAUUUGAAACAUAACUGAAGAUGGUGCCGCCCCCAGUGGCCAGCCGGGGCGGGCCUAUCCUUUUGUCGCCCCCCCCCCCUUCACGCAAUUUUUUUUUUCAAUGCAACGAAAAUGGGCCGAAAAUGCCGCCCUAUAUUACGACUAUACAUAUAAAGAAAAAAGUCCGCACCCUUUUUUUCUACGCCCCCGACUGCAUUCCUUAAUAUCAUUCUUUCGAUGUCCAUCAUCUUUACAACUUUCUUUCAUUGUCCCCCUCCCUGGGUCUCACCUAUUUCAUAAAACAAAACAAUAACUCUUUACUACAUUAUUUAUCUCUUCCUCUCUCUUUCUCUCUCUUUCUCUCUCUUUCUCUCUCUUUCUCUCUCUCUCUCUCUCUUUCUCUCUCUUUCUCUCUCUUCCCCCUACACGGCCCUAAUAUCAAAAUAGAAAUAUUAUAUAUAUAUUUUUGUUUACCAUGGCUUCCCCCUUUUCUGUCCAGGCGACAAGCCCCACGACUGCCCGAGGUGUGGGAAAAAGUUCGCCCUGCUGUGCAACCUAAAGACACACAUGAAGACUCAUGAGAGUAAGUCACCAUGA